AUGGAUGAAGAAUUAUUCCCUGUGGCAUUGCUGCUUGAUGAAUUGAAAUCUGACGACGUUACAUUGCGCCUAAAUGCUAUUCACAGAAUAUCAACAAUCGCUUUGGCACUUGGCCCAGAAAGAACGCGUGAUGAGCUCAUUCCUUUCUUGCAAGAUUCCCUCGACGACGAAGAUGAGGUUCUCCUCGCUUUAGCCGAGGAAUUGGGAUCUUUCACUGAGUACGUAGGUGGAAAGGAAUACGCGCAUGUAACGCUCUCACCGCUGGAGUCAUUGGCUGGUAUGGAAGAGACGCUUGUCAGGGAUAAGGCUUCAGAAUCCAUAAACAAAAUCGCUACAGAUUUGUCUAGCGAGCAGGUGGAGACUGACUACCUCCCACUUCUCCAACGACUUACCAAUGGUGACUGGUUCACUCCACGUACCUCUGCUUGCGCUCUCUUCGCUUCAGUCUACCAAACCGCAAAUGAAAGUACGCGCAAUGAGCUCCGUGGACUUUUUAAGAAACUCACAAACGACGAUACUCCAAUGGUUAGAAGAUCCGCUGCUAAGAAUCUUGCUGGUUUCAUAAACGUCCUUGAGCCGAAUGAAAUUUUCUCUGAAUUCAUCGACGUUUAUAAGAAAUUAGCCAUUGAUGAUCAAGACAGCGUUAGAUUGCUCACCGUAGAAGCAUUGAUCACAAUCAUGAAGAAGCUAGACAAAUCUCAAGUUAACUCUGAGCUCUUGCCUUGUGUUCGAGCUGCAUGCAACGACGCUUCUUGGAGAGUUAGAUUCAUGGUUGGCCAGAAGUUUGUUGAAAUGGCUGAAUGCGUCAAUCAAGAUAUCAUUCGUGAUGAAUUGGUACAGGCUUUCGUUAACUUGUUAAAGGAUAAUGAGGCAGAAGUUAGAACUGCGUCCGCUUCUCAAAUACCUGGCGUCGCUAAAUUUGUUGAUCAAGAAAUAGUUUUGGCAAAGAUAUUGCCCGUUGUGAGAGAUAUUGCAGGUGAUCAAUCACAACAUGUUAGAGCAGCCGUUGCGAAUGAAUUAUCAGGAUUAGCACCAUUAUUGGGUAAAGAUGAAACAGUUGAAAACGUUUUACCAAUUUUCCUUCAACUUUUGAAAGAUGAAUUCCCAGAUGUUAGAUUAAACAUCAUUUCAAGACUUGAUAAGGUGAAUGAUGUGAUUGGUAUUGAUUACCUUUCAAAGGCAUUACUACCCGCAAUCUUUGAGUUAGCAGAAGAUAAACAAUGGAGAGUUAGACAAGCAAUAAUUGAGUAUAUACCACUUUUAGCAAAACAAUUAGGCGUAGAAUUCUUCAAUGAGCAAUUGGGUAACCUUUGCAUGUCAUGGUUGGGUGAUACAGUAUUCUCAAUAAGAGAUGCAGCGACUAUAAACUUAAAAAAUUUGACAGAAGUGUUUGGAUCAGAUUGGGCAUCACAAACGGUAGUACCAAAGGUGGUAGCAAUGGGAAAUCACUCCAACUACUUAUACAGAAUGACGACAGUAUUUGCGAUAACGACAAUGUCACCUGCAUUACAACCAAAAGUGAUUCAAGAGCAAAUAUUAACGAUAAUAUUAUCAUUAACGACAGAUGCAAUUCCAAAUGUUCGAUUCAACGUUGCAAAAUGUUUAGAAGUAUUGAGUGGAAACCUACAACAAACACCAGAAGGACAAGAAGUAAUCCAAAGAGAAAUUUUACCUGCGGUGGACAAGCUGAAAGAGGAUCCAGAUGCAGAUGUGAGGUACUUCUCAAAUAAAGCAAUUGAGUCAAUUACAGGUGUUAAAAACUAA